AUGUCAAAUACAAGCGUUGCUGAGCAAGCUGCUGCACCAGUUGUCAGUGAAUCACCAGCUGUUGUAGAACGAUGGGAACGAGAUUUUUCACAGACAAAAACUGAUGGAAUUACAUAUGAUUACAUUAUUGUUGGCUCAGGCUCAGCAGGUGCUGUCUUAGCUACUCGUCUCUCAGAACAAGCUGAUAAACGUGUUCUUCUUAUUGAAGCUGGCGGUGUCGAUACAACGGACCAAAUACAUAUGCCAGCUGCUUGUGGUAGCUGCCAACUUGGUGAAAUUGAUUGGCAAUAUAAGACUAUACCUCAACUUCAUUCACAUUUUAGCUGUGUUAAUCAACAAAGUAAUUGGCCGCGUGGUAAAGUUUUAGGUGGUUGUUCAUCUAUAAACUAUAUGCAAUAUGUUCGUGGUGAUCCACAUGAUUACGAUAAUUGGCAAUUACCACAGUGGUCAUUUCAAGAAAUGUUAAAAUAUUUUAAAAAAUUAGAACGUGCUGAUCCGAACACAAUUCCAAGGAAUGAGCAUUUUCGUAAUCACGAUCAAGAUAAAGGAAUGAUGAAUGUAACAAUGCUUGAAGAAACAAAUCCAACAAAUCAAUUGUUUAUUGAAGCAUGUGAGAAGAACGGAUUUCAUGAAACUAAAGAUUAUAAUGCUGAAGAAAGUCUUAAUGGAUGCGUAUCAAUGUCACAAAUUUCAACAAAAGGAGGAAAACGUUGGUCAACAGCAAGUGGUUAUCUCUUGACAGCAGUAAAAAGAAAAAGUUUUGACUUGCUAAUACAUGCACAUACUUGCCGAGUAGUAUUUGAUGAACAAAAACAAGUAUCUGGUGUCACUGUUAAGCGUACUAGCUCAUUGGAUAAAGAAGACUUUAUUAAAGGUAAAGAAGUCAUACUAUCAGCUGGUACAGUUGGAAGUGCUCAAAUACUUCUUCUCUCUGGAGUUGGUCCUCGAGAAGAAUUACAGAAACAUCAAAUACCUGUCAUCGUUGAUUUACCUGGUGUUGGUAAAAAUUUACAAGAUCAUAUGAUGACUAUUCUAGUCUAUUUGACUAAAAUACCAACACUUUCAACUCGUGAUUUGACACCCGAAAACUUACAAAAAUGGGCAACUCAAGGAAAAGGUCCCUUAACUUCAUGUGUUUCUGAAUCACUAGCGUGGUAUCAAUUGAAUGAAAAUGAUAAGACACAAGUACCUGAUAUUCAAGUACAUUUUCUUCCGGUUACAGUUGAUGCUGAACUUUUUCGAAACUUUAAUUUCAAACCAGAAGUUUAUGAGCAGUAUUUAAAACCGCAUCUAACUGAUGAAUCACAAUGGACUGUUGUAUACUUGCCGACACUUCUACAUCCUGAAUCAAAGGGUGAAAUUACACUUGCAAGUUGUGAUCCUCUUGCACAUCCAAUUAUCAGUCCAAAUUAUUUGGAGGACAAAGAAGAUGUUCGUAAAAUGGUUGAAGGAUGUAAACUAGCUGAAAAAAUUUGUCAGACUAAACCGUUGAAUAGUGCACUCAAGUCAAUGGCAAAAGAAAUGAAUGGAGAUGAAGCAACAGAAAAUGAAGAUGAAUUUUGGGAAUCGUAUGUUCGAAAGUAUACUACUACAAUCUAUCAUCCGACUGGCACAUGUAAAAUGGGAAAAGAAGAGGAUCCCAUGACAGUUGUAACACCUGAUACACGAGUCAAAGGCGUAAGAGGUCUACGUGUGGUUGAUGCAAGUAUUAUGCCGAACAUCAUUUCUGGUAAUACAAAUAUUCCAACAGUUGCAAUAGCUGAGAGAGCAGCAGAUUUAAUUAAGAACAAUGAUUAA